AAUUUUCCAAUUUCUGGCCGCCGAAAUUCAGUCCUCAGCAGCGGAGGCUUAGAUGAUUCGACGAUGCGACUAAGAAAUCCCUAACAUCUUUUCCAUGUCAACCUUCCCCAAAAACCUCUCACCAAAGCGGCUUCUCAAGCUCCUCAAAUUAGAGAGAAACCCAGACUCGGCUUUGGCUCUCUUUGACUCUGCUACUUGUCAUCCGGGAUACACCCACUCGCCCGACGUUUUCCACCACAUCCUUCGUCGACUAGUCGACUCCCGACUCAUUUCCCAGUUGAGUAGGAUCGUUCAACUCAUCGAAACUCAGAAAUGUAGCUGCCCAGAAGACGUUGCUUUGACGGUAAUAAAAGCUUAUGCUAAAAACUCAAUGCCUGAUAAAGCAUUAGAUCUCUUCCAAAGAAUGAAGCAAAGUUUCGGCUGUGAACCUGGUAUUCGAUCUUACAACACUUUACUCAACGCUUUUGCUGAGUCGAAUCGCUGGGAAGAAGCUGAGUCUUUUUUUAAGUACUUUGAAACAGUGGGAAUGGAGCCAAAUUUGCAAACCUAUAAUAUUUUGAUUAAGAUUGCUUGUAGAAAGAAACAUUUUAAGGAAGCGAAACAGUUAUUGGAUUGCAUGUGGAAAACGGGUUUACAACCAAAUGUACGUAGCUAUGGGGCUUUGAUUAAUGAGCUUGUAAAAGAUGGAAUCUUGGUUGUUGCUAUGGAAUUGUUCGACGAAAUGUUUGAGAGAGAAGUGAUCCCUGAUGUUAUGUGUUAUAAUAUAUUACUUGAUGGGUUUUUCAGAAAUAGAGAUUUUGUGAAGGCAAAUGAGAUUUGGGAGAGAUUGUUGGAAGAUUCUUCAGCUUAUCCGAAUUCGGUUACCUAUAAUGUUAUGAUUAAUGGUUUGUGCAAAUUUGGAAAGUUUGAUGAGUGUUUGAGUAUAUGGGAGAGGAUGAAGAAGAAUGAAAGGGAGAAGGAUUUGUUUACUUAUAGUAGUAUGAUUCAUGGAUUAUGUGAGGCGGGGAAUAUUGAUGGUGCUGAGAGAGUUUAUAAAGACAUGGUUGAAAAUGGUGUCAUGAUUGAUGUGGUUACUUAUAAUGCAAUGCUUAAUGGGUACUGUAAAGCUCGGAAAAUUAAAGACUGUUUUGCAAUGUGGAAAUUGAUGGAAAAAGAGGGUUGUAGCAAUGUUGUUAGUUUUAAUAUAUUCAUUAGAGGGUUGUUGGAGAACGGACAGGUAGAUGAAGCCAUUUCUCUAUGGGAGAUCUUGCAGCAGAGAGAUUGCAGUGCUGAUGCUUCAACUUAUGGAGUUUUGAUUCAUGGGUUGUGUAAGAAUGGAUGCUUAAAAAAGGCUUUGGAUAUAUUGCAAGAGGCUGAACUUGGGGAAGGUAAAGUGGAUAGCUUUGGAUAUUCCUCAAUGAUUGAUGGGUUAGGCAAACAAGGGAGACUAGAUGAAGUAGCUGGUUUACUUUGUCGGAUGGUCAAGUGUGGUCAUAAACUGAUUCCUUAUGUUUACAAUCCCUUGAUUCAGGCUUUUGUCCGAGCAUCCAGACUUGAUGACGCAGUUCAAUUUUUCAGGGGAGCGGACUCAAUGGGUUAUUCUCCUUCUGUUGUCUCAUAUAAUAUUCUCAUUUCUGGCUUGUGUAAAAAUGAAAGAUUUGGUGAGGCAUACUCAAUCUUGAAGGAAAUGUUAGAGAAAGGGUGGAAACCAGACAUGAUUACCUACAGCUCGUUGAUGAAAGGCCUUUUCCAAAGGAAGAACGUUGACAUGGCACUCAACUUAUGGAACCAUGUGCUUGAAAAGGCUUUAAAGCCUGAUGUAACCAUGCACAAUAUUAUCAUUCAUGGCCUUUGCUCUGUUGGCAAAGUUGAGGAUGCUUUACAGCUCUAUUCAAAGAUUAGGCAAAGGAACCGUGCUACUAAUCUCGUAACCUAUAAUACUAUUAUGGAAGGGCUUUACAAAACUGGAGAAUACGAGAAGGCAUCAGAGAUCUGGAAACAAAUUUCAACUGAUGGACUACAACCAGAUAUAAUUUCUUAUAACAUUACUCUCAAGGCACUUUGUUCUUGUGGUAAGAUAUCAGAUGCAGUUGGCUUUUUGGAUGAUGCUUUAGAGCGUGGAAUUCUUCCAACUGUUAUUACAUGGAACAUCCUUGUCAGGGCAGUGCUGACCACAGGCUUCAAAACGGCUCUUUCAAUUUAGAAUUUACUUGCAGUUAAAUUCCCAUUUCUGGAAUUUUGGCUUUAAUCUCUGUGAGUCUUACUCUUCUAGUUAGCAGUUGAAAUGUUUGCACUCUUCACCAGCAGAAGAAUCCUGGAGACCAGUCUCUUUGAGUUGUGUACCUUGAAGAGAUCCCAAGUUCUUUAGAUGUUCUGGGAUCAAGAACUGCUAUAAUUGUCAUUCGUUGGAUUUAAGGGAUGUGCACGAAGGAUGGUUUUUGCCAGGAAAAUUAUUUUGAAGUGACUAGAGAUGAAUUGGAAAAAUAAAGCAACUAAAAUAGCUCCAAGAACUGCAACUUUUCGCCAAUCUGAUGCACAGAUGAAAGAGUCUGCAAUUCCAAGGGCAAGCAGUGCAAUUAGAGCAAGGUAAAGAUUCCUCCUUGCUUUUGACCCAACUUUUUCUUUAGUAAUCUCCUUAAUCUUCUUAGCUUCCUCCUUUGCUUUUUCCUUGUCUAUAGUAGGCUUUUUAUCUGUCAGGUUCUUAAA